AAUGUUGAGUUUACUCUGUCUCCAUUCAAUGACAAAAAUAAUGCCAUGGAUUAUGAAUCUGUCUCUGAUGCAGUUGAUUUUUUGGAAAUGAAAAUAAAAACACAGCAGCUUCAUCUUACAGAUUUAAAUGGUCGGCUAUUAAUGACCACCAUGAACGAUAACUCAUUCAAUUUUUCUCAUGUCAUACUCAUUGUAUUAUGCAUCACACUUGUCAUGAUAGUGGUUCUUAUUUUUAUACUGGUAUACAUUUCCAGACGUUUGUCUAGAGUGUCAAAAGCGUCUUCUGCGCCUCGAAAUCAAGCAUACAGAAAUGUAAAUUUUGGGAGAGAUUCUUCUCAAUCUAUUGGAAAAUAUUCCUAUGACAGUGGUUUAUGGCUAGGCCCUGGUCCUGAACCUGCUUUUACAGUACCAGACGCUCCUUAUUACAGACCUCCUACAGUAGAACAGAUAGCUAGGACACCAAGACCAGUUACUGCGGUGAGAACAAGAUUAAAAAGAAAUUGGGAUGUGGAUGAAAGAGCUCUGAGUACGAUACCAGACGAUCAUCCAAGACAAAACUCAGAGGAAAGAAAUUAUAGGCACUGACACUUGAUCUAUAAUGUGUAAAAAAGAAUUUGAUGUGUAAAAUGUUUUAAGAUUUGAUGUGUAAAAAGUUUUAAGAUUUUAAAGCAAACAUUUUCAAGAGAAUGAAUUUAUGAACACUAUCAUUUUUUUUACAUUUUAUUCACUUAUGAAAAAUUUUGAAAAUAAAGCAGCAAUUCCUUUCUGUC